AAAGGGCUGAGAUUAACAGGGAUCCUCAGCGGCAGCGGUCCUGUUAUUAUAAAGGGAAAUAAUCGCAAUGGGCAGCACCGACUCAAAACUAAACUUCAGGAAAGCGGUGAUUCAACUGACAACCAAAACACAGCCAGUGGAAGCCACAGACGACGCCUUCUGGGACCAGUUCUGGGCAGACACCACCACCACGGUCCAGGAUGUUUUUGCACUGGUGCCAGCUGCAGAGAUAAGAGCUGUUAGAGAGGAGUCCCCCUCCAAUUUAGCAACCCUCUGCUAUAAGGCUGUGGAGAAAUUGGUGCAGGGUGCAGAGUCUGGUUGCCCCACAGAGAGAGAAAAGCAGGUGAUCCUGAACUGCACUCGCAUCCUGAGCCGCAUCCUCCCCUACAUCUUUGAGGACCAGGACUGGAGAGGAUUCUUCUGGUCGACAGUGCCUGGUGCUGGGCGGGCUGGGACAGAUGAACUGGAUGAGGAUGAUGGAGCUCGACCACUGGCCGAGUCGCUGCUCUUGGCUAUCGCCGACCUCCUCUUCUGCCCCGACUUCACUGUGCACAGCCAUAGGAGAGGCCCCGACUCUGUAGAGAACAUGCAGUCUAUAGACAGCUGUGAAUACAUCUGGGAGGCAGGGGUGGGCUUUGCACAGUCGCCCCCUCUCAACUACAUCCACGAUCUGAAUAGGACAGAAUUGCUGAGAUUGUUACUAACCUGCUUCUCUGAGGCCAUGUACCUGCCUUCUUCAACGGACAACAACGUCCUCAAUCCCUGGGUGACAUUCUUCUGCUCCACAGAAAAUAGACAUGCUUUGCCUCUGUUCACCUCUCUGCUGAAUGUGGUGUGUGCCUAUGAUCCAGUGGGCUACGGCAUCCCCUACAACCACCUGCUCUUCUCGGACUACCGGGAGCAGCUGGUGGAGCAGGCUGUGCAGAUCCUUAUCGUGACGCUGGAGCAUGACGGAGGGGUUCCCCACCGGCCCCCCUCCCCGUCCAGCAUAGAGGAACAUGAGUCUGCAGGCCCUGAAAACCUGUUUGUGAACUAUUUGUCAAGGAUCCACAGAGAAGAGGACUUUGACUUUGUACUGAAGGGUCUAGCUCGCUUGCUCACCAACCCUUUGACUCAGACUUACCUGCCUAACUCUACCAAGAAGAUCCAGUUCCACCAAGAGCUGUUGGUGCUUUUCUGGAAGCUUUGUGACUUCAAUAAGAAGUUCCUGUUUUUUGUCCUGAAGAGCAGUGAUGUGCUGGAUAUUCUGGUUCCUAUACUCUUCUACCUGAAUGAUGCCAGGGCAGACCAGUCUCGUGUUGGACUCAUGCACAUUGGCGUGUUCAUUUUGCUGCUGCUGAGCGGGGAGAGAAACUUUGGCGUGCGCCUGAACAAGCCCUACACCGUCCAUGUGCCCAUGGACAUCCCAGUGUUCACAGGGACUCAUGCUGAUCUGCUGAUAGUGGUGUUUCACAAGAUUAUCACCACAGGCCACCAACGUCUCCAGCCUCUGUUUGACUGCCUACUCACCAUCGUUGUAAAUGUGUCUCCCUAUCUGAAGAGCCUGUCCAUGGUGGCAGCCAAUAAACUGCUCCACCUGCUGGAGGCCUUCUCCACCAGCUGGUUCCUGUUCUCUGUAGCACAGAACCAUCACCUUGUGUUCUUCCUUCUCGAGGCUUUCAACAACAUUAUCCAGUACCAGUUUGACGGAAACUGCAACCUGGUGUACGCCAUCAUCCGCAAACGUAACGUGUUCCACCAGUUGGCCAACCUGCCGUCUGACCCUGCUUCCAUCCAGAAGGCUCUGCAGAGGAAGAGGAAGUCUCCGGAUGUUAUUUCCCGCACUAGCUCUCAGGAGACCGUGUCCAUGGAGGGCUCUCACCCUGCUGUGCCAGCAGAGCCGGGCACACUGAAGACCAGUCUGGUCGCUAUUCCAGGCAUUGAUAAACUGACUGAGAAGUCCCAGGUGUCGGAGGAUGGCACCAUGGUGUCAGUUCACAAGACAGAGCCCGCUCACACAGCCCCCUCAGACCAAAGCGCAGUCGCCGGCACCAGCGACACAGAGUCAAACUCAGGCCGAGACAAUGAAGAUGUUUUCUACACUGAAGCAGAAAUGGAGAGAAGACGUUUGUCAAGUGUGUCUUCAACAUCGUUUUGGGUUCCCACACCAGAAUGGGUUCUGUCCUGGAAGUGUAAGCUACCCUUGCAGACUAUCAUGCGACUUCUACAAGUGCUGGUUCCCCAGGUGGAGAAGAUCUGCAUCGACAAGGGUCUGACAGAUGAAUCAGAGAUCUUGAAAUUUCUCCAGCAUGGCACAUUAGUGGGCCUGCUGCCAGUUCCUCACCCCAUCCUCAUCAGAAAGUAUCAGGCCAACGCAGGCACGGCCAUGUGGUUUCGCACCUACAUGUGGGGUGUCGUCUAUUUGCGCAAUGUGGACCCUCCGAUCUGGUAUGACACCGAUGUCCGUCUUUUUGAGAUUCAGAGGAUGUAGGCGGUAAAAUAGGACUGUUCCUGCUCCCUUCAGUAUCUGCUGGUUUCCCGGUAAUCCUCACUGUGUUUAACUUGCCUCCAUUACCAUCAACAUCACAAUGCAAACACUUGGAUCAGAUUCAUUCAGACAAGUGAGGUCGAGAUAUCCUUACAGGUGCAUCUCAAUAAAUGAGAAUAUCAUACAAAAGUCAGUUAUUCAAUUUAAAAAGUGGAAAACCACAUUAUAUAGAUCCGUUAAGACACACAGAAUGAAACAUUUCAUGUCUUGCAUCAUUUAAUCUCUUCUAAUUAUAAUGAUUAUGGCUUACAUUUAACAAAGACCUAAAAUUCAGUGUCUCAAAAAAAAAAAAUUACAAAAGACAAGUUUCAAAAAGUUUAAUAUGCAAAUGUUGGCCUCUGAAAAGUAUGUCCAUCUAUAUGCACUCAAUACUUGGUUGGGGCUAUUUGACUUGAACUACUGGAAAUAGACUAUAGAUAUUCUAAUUUAUUGAGAUGCACCUGUAGAUUAAGAUGGGAGAUGGUUGAAUUAUCAACAAAAACAACUACUGUGUUUGUACAUUUCUUAAAGACAUCAAGACCAUAGAAUGUGUGGAGCAUAUCCUGAAAUCUGAGGCUCUUUUUCUUGGCAGCAAAGAAGUGAAAGAGGAAUAUUGUUCAAUUUUGCAGCCAGACUUGUUAUAGAAGAUAUGUUUUUCCCAACAGAGGCGUGUAACAUAUCCUGGAUGGCACAAUAUUGGUGUUUCACGUUAUUUGUUGUACUUGCCAUGCUUUAAAAUGCACUCUUUUGAGUUGUCUGUUAAUAUGGUUGUAGUUUACUGUGACAAUGUAAUUCUACAGGAUUUUGGAGGCUAUAAUUCAGAUUGUAUGUUUUUAUGUAUACGACCAGGUUCAAUUUUGGAUCUGGCUGGCUAUGCUUACGAUGCUUGAUGUUGAGAAUUGUAUUUUACGUAAAUUAUCCUGAAAAUAUAUAUUGAUAUGCAUCUGUGA